AUGUUCGGGCUCUCAAAGUCACUCGCCCUUCUCCUUCUCUCUGCCGCUGCAGUCCAUGCCGCGCCGGCGCCCACGGAGAGGAGGUCGGUGCAGUCCUUCGUCCGUCGCGCCGGCAGUGGUGACAAUCUCUCAAAGUCGACCACCGUGCAGACGACGACGAUUCUCGAGACCUCCCAAGGACCUAUGCUCCAGCAGUGCACGAUCCAGCUUGAUCCCAUCACCAGCAAUGGCAAGCCGUUGGUGAAGGAAACCAAGACAUGCACAAUCCAGAUGGUGGACAACAACAGCAGCAAUGGGAGCAGCACCACUUCGUCAGACUCGUCCUCUUCCACAUCGACGUCAACGUCGUCGUCGUCUAGUUCCACGGAUUCUUCCAGUUCGACUUCGUCGUCCGACUCUUCGUCGUCGACGUCGUCGGCUGGUUCGACGGAUUCGUCCUCGGCUGGUUCGACGUCCUCGACGGAUUCGUCCUCGGCGUCCUCGACUGCGAACGGCUCUUCAUCCACGUCGACUGAUUCGUCGAGCAGCUCUGCCUCCACCACGUCCGGGUCGGGGGCCAUUGCAACGGAUUCCGUCUCCCUUGUCCCUGGCUCCUCGCUUUCCGCCGCGGCAACGGGCUCGUCGGCCUCCUCCGCAGCGGCUUCCUCCACUGCAAGCGCGACGGGCUCUGCGGCCAGCUCGACGGCUACGGGUGUCAAUGCAGGGAACGGUGCGAUCUCUGCGAAUGGCUUCAGCUCUGUCCCCGCCACCAUGGUCUCGGCGUCGGCUGUGGGUGCAAAUGCGACCUCGGCCGCAGACACCGCGCAGUCGAGCACACCCGCGAAAUUCCAGCUUCCUGGCACUUCGCUCUCUGUCCUGCCGAUUGGUUUGGGUGUAUUCGCUGGUAUAUCGGUCAUCGCUCUCAUCGUUGUUGGUCUCGUCACCUACGAGCGCACCAAGUACCGCAGGGCGUUCAGGCAGCGCAAGCUUGCGGAAUCAGGGGCGGCUAUGGGCUACGGUGGAAUGGCGCAAGCCGCCUAA